AUGGCAGCACCAAACAAGCCAUACACUUUUGGGCUUCCCAAGGCGUGCUCUGAGGAGCAGCUGGUCAGAGAAACCGCCUUCCUCUACUCCUCUUGCACCCUACAAGAGAUGGGAAGCUUCUACUUUGCGCACGCCCUCAAGGCCGACGGAAACGCCUCCAGAGCGGUGUAUCUGAAGUUCUACGACAAUAAGCUGGGGCUACUUCAUACCAGUUUGGACAAGUGUUUCCACGCAGAACCGCCCAUUUCCGCCAGCUCGCCGCCCAAGGUCUUGUCCAUGGCCGUCAACCCUCACGUUUUCUUUCUGAGGUCUCGUCUAUGGCAAGGAGUCUGUCUCUUGGACAACAGCUGGACGGUGGUGGUUUUCCAGACCCUUGAAAACGAAGAUAUUCCAAAGUUGGCAUCUUUCAUCAAUGAUAACAACCCCGACGAGAUACAUCUCACCAGCGUGCACAAGACUGGAUUGGCCAAAAUCAGAGACGGAACUCCUGGAGACUUUCAUUUGACUAGUGAGGAUGGACAGAAAAUAGAGGUCCAUAAAACGGUGCUGCAACCGCUGUGGCCGUUCUUCUCGGCCACCAUAGACUCGAACAUGAUGGAGGCGACGGAGAACUCCCUGGAUCUGCCCUUUCCAGCAUCGACCAUCGAGGUCGCCGUGCGAUAUCUCUACGGGCAGCCUCUGGAAUUCGGUUUCGGCGAUGCAGCUAAUCUUCUCGUCAUGGCUCAAAUGUACGACUUGCCCGAGCUACUCAGUCUCGCGGUGGCCAAAAUCAAAGCGGAGGCUCUGGACGUUCAACAAGCCAUCAUGUUGUGGAAGAAGUCGUUUGAAGCCUGCAACGACGACCUGAGAAGCUACUCCGCUGCUAGAAUCAAACAAAUGAUGCCAGACAUUUCACAUUCCAAGCUGCUAGACGAUCUGGAUCGAGACGAGAUGGUGGCUUUGUUCAUGGAUGUUUCGGGAGUCGAGUCCAGGAGUUAG